AUGGUUGCGACUGGUGCGAACGCACAGAAAUUGCCCCCUGACAGGAGAGGAACACCAAAACCCGCGGCAGCCGGCGGGCGACCCAUAUCGAUGAACGACAUCGCAGAAGGAGCCCGCCUGGUGCUGGACCACAUAGAAAACAAUGGCACGACGGACGGAUACGUUACUGGAUAUAUUCGAGCUGUCCGCCAGUACGCACUCAAUGCCCAACGGGGCGACGGCCAGGGGAUGGCCAAGGUGCUCGAAGCGCUGACCAAGAUCAUUGCCGACACCGAACGUCUAAACCAGCGAAUGGACACCAUCGAAAAGACAACGAACACUUUAUCAACAGCUUUGUCCUCCACUGCGGCCGACUCCGCUGCAGCGUGGCGCGACUUCCGAGCCAGAGACUGGCAGCGCGGCUUGGCCAAGGCGGCGUCACCCAGUACCCGGAGCAACGACACGUCGUCUGCCGGGGUGCCUGAAAUCGAACUUCGCGAGGACCGUGAAGUCAUCGUGAAGGUGGGACCAAAUCGUGAACAGAUUCGCGGGCUCUCACCGAGGGAGCUGGUCGAGCGGGCGGAGCGCCAAAAGGUGACGACUGCCCGACAGAAGAAAUCUGCCGCUUUAGCUGAAAGGGCUGCCUUCGUUGCAGCUCGAAAACUACCAUCCGGCGAUGUAGCCAUGGUAGCAAAUAGUGCUGCAGGGGCGGAGCUCCUUCGUAAGCAUACGGGAUGGUUGAAGGCAUUCGGGCCCGCUUCCGUGGUCCAAGAGCCGUCGUGGGGCGUCGUGGCGUACCACAUUCCUGUAAAAUCGAUGAAGCUCACCCCGGAGACGAUGACCGACAUUGCAGCCGAACUGCUUCGACAGAACGACUGGGGCGAAAGCGCUAAGAUCCAGUAUCUUGGCUGGCUGACGCGACCGGGUAUCCGGGCGGAGGGCUCGAUCCUGAUCGAGUUCACCAGCCCCGUCGUGGCCAACCGUGCUAUCAUCUCUGGUGUCGUAUGGGAGAAGCAAAUCCACAAUGCGUCGCGAUUCUGCCGCGAGGGACGGAUGAAGCUCUGCAGAAAAUGCCAAAAACCGGGGCAUAUCCAGUCACACUGUUCCAACGUUUAUAGAUGCGGCCACUGCGCCGGCGAGCACCCGACCUGGGAGUGUCCGUCGACACGGGGGCAGGCGAUACCAAUCAAAUGUGCCAAUUGCGGCCAAGGACAUCGACCAACCAGUCGAGAGUGUCCAGUGAGGAUUGAGGCGUUGAAUGAGGCAAAACAGGCACUGGCCGACUGCCCUGCGUACCACCGCAUCCCACUACACUUCCGAAAUACCGCAAGCAGUGACACCACGUCACCUCCGUUCAGACCGAGUGCCACCGAAAGGGACGACCUGGAUGCACCUAUACUUGCACCAAGGGGGCAGCAGGAGGCAGACCCCUCUCACCUGCCCCCGCAGGUUACAACGGAAACUGAGACAGAACCAACGAGAGAGGAGACAUCACUCCAAGAACGCAUCAAUCCCGCAAAGCCCAGAAGAGGACCGGGUCGCCCAAAAGGCUCAAAGACCAAGCCCAAAGAUCACGUCUUGCCUCUGGUACAGUCGGCAAGUCAGCGGUCAACAAGAUCCCAGGCGGCCACCCAGAGAACUGAGUCUGAACACACGAUGUCUAAGAAGCGCCGCAUGGGCGAACCGGAGGACAUUAUGGAUGAGCAGCCGGACGACAGCGACUGGUUACGGCCACCCGUCCCAGUACCAUGCAAGUCCUCUGCGGCGGUCUUGACCGAUGCACCCACAAUCGAAGACCCAGACGAUGAAAUAUGGUACGAGGUCAGCGAGCGGAGUGACGACGAUCAGUCACAGCAAUGA